UGCUGUUUACACGUCGUCUUUUUCACGUAAAAUAAUCUUGGAAUGAAAAGUUCAUUCCAAUUUACAAAACGGUUCACACGUCAACGGUGAAAAUAGCGCGGUAUUAUCACUCGAGUUAAGAUUUAUACGAUUUCGCAUGAAAUUUGCGUGAAAUGUUUGCACAUUAUUUCACGUGAAGAAGAGCAAAAACGGCGAACACCCAAAAUUUUGUUGCCAGGCAACACAAAAUUAGGAACAAACGUACAAAUUUUAUUCAUUUAUGACCUGUAAACUGACUCAUGGAAUUUGCGGGAAAUUAUCUCAUUUCAAACAAAUUUAAUUCUGAGCUAACUUUUCGUUCCGAUGAAAUUUCCACGGCAACUUCAUUCCGCGCAAAUAACUGACGUUUACAAAGCACUAAAUAAAUAAAAACUUAUUUCACUCCGAAGCCAUCAUAACCUAUCCCUUACCGGACUAUAAAGGAGUGCGCGGCUUUAUUUUUUGGGGAAUUAGCGGUGCCAAAAGUUUUUCUUUCUCCCCUCCAAGAUAAUUUACGUGUCGACGUUAUUUCAUAGCGAAACCUGGUUUGACCAGAACACGCGAGGAAUGAUAAAGUGGCUGAAUCGAUUUGAUUUCACCCUUCAAUUCAUUGGUCGAAUUAUUGGUUUGCUCCGAAAGUAGAGGAGGGCAAGCAGAGCAAUUAUCCGGGCGCCUGAUCGGACCACUUCGGUUAGUGCGGUCGAACUUCUACUAUAAAUCACCCCAUGGUAAUAAAAUAUGUAAAUAUAUGCAACAGAAACAACAUUUGUAAUUCACUAAUGAAAAUGGCAUUUCGAAAAAUAUAAAAUCAGAUCGAUCGAUCUGAAGUUAUUUUAAGAGAUUACUUCAUUUCACUCCGUAAUCAAUUAAACUUGUAGAGAGAGGAAAUUAGUAAGGAGCCGUGAGAAUGUGGAUUUAUAUUUCCUCCAAUUUUCGCCUAUAUUUGAUGUAAAAGUAAGUAGUUUAUUUAAUGAAUUAAAAUACUAGUAUAGGUAAGCUCGCAUCAUAAUUCAUAAUCUUCAUGAUUUUUUAAAUUGAUAUGGCACAUUUAUUUACAUAUCAUCUAGUUAAUUAGAUAUAAACCACAUACGUAGCGGUACUAACUCUUGAAGGUUAAAGUCAUCAAUCUGUUACUCACAAGGAGUACGGGCUUGCCAACGUAAGUAUGACUUUCCUCCAUGAAUUUUCCAAUUCCCACGUCAACAAGUUAAGAUCUAUCAAUUCUCAGCCUUUUUCAUUCCUGUAAAGAUUUUAAAUUUGCAGGUUAAACACAAUUAUCUACUUAUUAGCCUGUUUACUUCCAGACAUUGUAUAUACAUAUCUGUAUGUAAGAACCCGACUAAAGUUAAACAGCGCUGAGGUUUUUAUCAAGAUUAGGAUAUGCUACCACACAUCCCCCUGUAUGACUACAAACCGUCAUCCUUCCAAUGCUAAGCUCCAGCAUUGCAGGGAUACCCUAGAGAACAGAACUGGGCUGACAUAUAAUUUAACAGGACAUGUCUAUCAAACCCUGGCUGUCCCACUGACAGAAAUAUAGACGUAGAUUUCCACAAGAAACUAUCCCCCCACUACAGUUCUGCACGUCGAGGUUGGUCUCAGUUUGGCGUGAAUCGUUCUUGGGUAUGGUCGUGUUAAAAUAUUUGUUUGUCGAGAAAUGCUGGAGUUAAUUGUGGCUGUUUUUCUCGCCUUUUUGGCGAUAUGUGUGGGGAUUUUGUUCAUCUCGGAUUGUGAUAUUUGGACCUAUUUGCACAUCAAGUUUGGGAAGGAUAUCGCGACCCGUUUUGAAGGGAAGGUUGUCUGGGUGACGGGAGCAUCGUCAGGAAUUGGGGAAGGUAUUGCCAAGGAGUUGGUGAAGGUGAAAAAUGUGAAGAUAAUUUUGUCCGCGAGGAGGAAUGAGGAGUUGGAGAGGGUGAAGAGGGAGUGUUUGGCGUUGAACAAUUCCACGAAACAGGAUGCCAUUCUCGUCUUGCCGUUCGACAUGGUGGAUUACGACAGUCAUGCCAAAGCGUUGGAAAAAGUUGUGAAAACUUUUGGAAAGCUCGAUAUCCUGAUUUCAAACGCGGCCGCCAUGGGUCAAUUCGCGCUCUGGGAGGAGGCGCCAAUUUCCACGGAUAAAGCCCUCUUCGACUUGAACGUGUUCUCCCUCGUAAAUUUGAACCGGAUCGUACUCAACUAUUUCAAAAAUGAGCGGGGCCGUCAAGGUCAUUUGGCGGUGGUGUCAAGUUUGGCGGGGAAAAUGGGCUUUCCAUACCUCACACCUUAUACGCCAACAAAAUUCGCGCUGCACGGGUACUUUGACAGCUUGAGGCACGAGUUGAGGAAAAUGGAACGAAUUCACGUCACCCUGCUCUGCCCGGGGCCAGUUGAGACGAAUAUCUACAACGAUACUCUGACCGGGACUGGCGCGCGCUUCAAGCUCACAAUGAUGUCCACAUUAACAAGAAACGCUAUGACUACCGCGCGAUGUGGCGAAAUUUGCCUGGCCUCGAUUGCAAAUAAGUUGGAGGAAUCGUGGAUGGGGCCGCUACCAAAUUUGCCAUUCAUGUAUCUGGCGGCCUAUCAACCUUUCUUGUUUUCAAAAUUAACCGCCUACACGAUGAAAUUUAUGCUGCUGGACGAAAAAUAAGCGGAGCGGGAAGAAAAGCGAUGUCACCUUUUAAUUUUGUAUGAACAUACUUAUCUUCUCUAAAAGUAUGAUGUAGUUAAAAUAAAUAAUAAAAUAAAUAAUGAGAAAAAACAA